AUGCCGCUGUUCUCCCGCUUUAAGAAUAAGGGCGCGCAACCGACAUCCAAGGGCAAGCACUUGGGCGAGAAUGGCGCUGGAGCUCUGGCUGCACCACGGCAGCCCAAAUGGCAGGCGCGAUGGGAAAGUACUGUCAUUGUGCCGGACGAGGUCAAAGAGCUGGUCCACGUGUGUACCUUGGAGAUGAAGUCGCGAGCCGAGGCGCUCGAUGCUCCCUUCUUCCUGCUCCCAUUCAGACCAGACUCAGACCCGCAAGGCGCACGCACUUUCAUUAGGAACUACUACAAGUCGAACGCAGAGCGUUCGUCACAGUACAAGGGGGAGGCAUUGAAGCAAGAGCUGCGACUCACCGAUUCGGUCGUGCUGUGCAGUAUAAUGAAAUGGUGCUGGAGCCGCAUGCCCGGUGGUGUGGUCUCCUGGCCCGUCUACGAUGGCUUUCGCAUGGGCGAGAAGGAGUCCAAACUCGCUCGCAAUGCUUUCGACACAUUCAUCCCCAUUGGGGUCGACUCGGAGGCUCGCAAGAGCAUCAUCUUCGACUUCUUCGAUCUCAUGGCCGCUGUGGCAGCCCAUGGGAAGAUGAACGGCUUGACUGGACGUAAGCUGUCUCGUUUAGCAGGUUGGUGGGCGUUCGACCAUUCAGACGAUGGCAAAGGCUUUGAGGGAGGCUACAAGUCUUGGACCGCGGCUGCAGAUGCUUCCAGCCAUCUGUUCUUCGCCUAUCUGCGGUCUCUGUCUCCUGACACCAACCCAUCCAUGAAUGUGAUUGAGCGCAUUCCCCGCUCACUUCAAGCGCUGGUUGCUUCGACCGAGUAUCCACCAGAGACGCCAACCUUGCUUCAGCGGACCACGCCCCGCGUUGUGAUGCUUGUCGAUACUGUGUCGUCCACGCCGUUCGCACUGUUGCGAAGGGCCAAGAAUUUCGAAUAUCGAGACAAAGACCGCGUGCUGCGUGAGCUCGCUGAGUAUGAGGAUCCCGUUGACGCGUUGACUGAGGAGUGCAAGCGGGUUUUGUACGCCGUGGCUACUGCAAACCAAUCAAACGUGGCCCGCUCCAGACAAGGCAUUGCGAAGCCAGACGAGUCCUGGUCUGCCUUCCAGAGUCUAGGUUUCGCCGACCUCGAUGAGCGUGCCCUGUCUCAAAAGUCGCCGAACAGCAUGAACGGUUCAACCAAGACUGUUGGAAAUGGUCUUCGAGAACAACCACGCUCGAGAAACGCAGACACCAACCGCCCCACGACCCCGUCCUGGGCUGACUUCCUUUCUUCUGGGUUCUCUGACGACGAUACGGUCAAAUCACCAACCUUGCUUUACCCUCCGGCGCAGAUCCUCCCACAAUUUGGAAGUCGUUCGUCUUCACCAGGCCAUCUUGCCGGUGACGAUGAGAAUCUUGCACCUGGUGAGCUUGCGGCUAUCACCACUGUCGAGCUUGACGAUGCCUUCUGGUGGGUCUGGAUUACAAGCUUAGCCGGCGAGGAACCAUCAGACCGCAAAGCUGUCUUUGGCCGAUGUGCUCUCGUCGAGACUAGCAUCCAGAACGGUCGUUGGCUGAUUAUGGAAGAACAAGUCAAGGGUGCCAACCCAGAUCCAGCUGAGGGCGUCUACAUCGCACCCAAGAAGAGCCUGUUUAGCUUCACGAAACGAGGACGACUCGGCCGCAAGCGCUCAACCAACAAGCACUCGUCUCAGGAUCAGCCGGAGCGUGUGCUUUCUGCCACCCCUAGCAAGACCAGCAUCUCAACCGACCAGCACGCCAAGAUUCGAGCUGCAGCCAGAGCGUUGACCCGCCAGCAGGAUACGACCGAGCCCGACAGUGCUAGACGUGGCAGAAAUGAAGAGGGACAGUCGACCAAAACCAACAGCAUGCUGACACUUGGGUUGCAAAGUGAGGCUGGCCCAGCUAUGAAAUGGGCCAGCUCGUACGACAAGCACGCUGUUCGCCAGCAGUAUCUUGGAGACUCAUUUGCUGGAAAAGGCAUGUCAAGGGAGAACCUCGCCAGCAACACAUCCUCGGUCAACCUCAAUGAUGGAGCAAAGAGUGUCAUUACCCCUGCGGCUUCACCAAAGCCUGCAGCAACCUCAACGUUCCCGGUGGAGCGUGAUCUUCCAGCAGUGCCCAAGGAGGCUGCUCCUGUUGGUGCGCCUGAACCUGUUGUUCAUACUCCAGCGCCAGCGCAGCAGGUUACGGCUCCAGAGCCUAUACCCGUUGAGCCUGUUGCCCCAACUCUUGACCCUGAGCAACUGCAGCAGGAGCCUGCCCCUGCCCCAGCACCAACACCAUCGAGGGAGUCUGAAGCGCCGACUCAACCGACGGCCCUGGACAAAGAGCUAGCAGUCGAGAAGCCGUCACCUGCGUCAGUGAAAGUCGGCAGAAAGCCAGUGCCUCGCCAAGACGAUCAUCCAGCAUUUCGUAAGCAAAGUGUUGACAGUCCCAAGAAACAGCCAUCCAGCCCAACGCAGACAGCCGCUGCGAUGGCAGCCGUGAAGGCUAUGCAGGCGAAGGGGAGUACCAGCCCAGAGUUGAAGCCCAAGAAGCAGGUGCCGCAAAGCCAGCCUGGUGGUUUCAAGAAACUGUUCGGCAAGAAGAAGGAAGGCGGCGGCCGUGGCGACUCCGUCGAACUGCCGCGUCCAGGUAGCAACGGUCUUGCACCGCCAGCUGAACAAGGUCUUGCUCGACGCCUCUCACUCAUGAGGAAGAAGCAAAGCAAUGCUCCUGCGCAAAAGCCGAAUGCUGCUUCUGUCGCAGCGCAGACUGCCUUUGCUAACCAGGAACCCGUCAUGACGGCCGACCACGGUGCCUACGACCAUUCACCUGUUGACGGAUCACGGAGUAGUACUCAUGAACGUGAAGCAGCUGAGCGAGAGUUUGCACGUUUCGACCAAGGUCCCGUAGAGGACAUGCCGGCCACCAUGCCCGAAUCUGAACCCGAGCCUUCGCCAGAACCACCGCAGCGCCAAUUCAACACCGAGACUGCUAAGCGUCUGCAUCCAGAGGUUGAUUCCGGCGCCGAAGUGCUGCCUUUUGAUGCACCCGUCUCAGAAGACGAGUCCGAGAUCGAAGACCACCAUGAUGCUGGCGUUGUCCAAGAUCGAUGGGCAACAAUUCGUGAGAAUGCACAUAAACGAGCUGCACGACAUCGAGAAGAGGCACCUGAGCGAGCUAGCGAGGACCACAGCACACAGCGCACCGACGAUGGCGAAACAUCUGGAGAAGAGACUAUCGAGUCUCGUGUUGCCCGAAUCAAAGCCCGUGUCGCCGAACUCACCGGCAACAUCGAGACCAACCGCUGA